GCGGGCGGUGAGCGGCGUGGGCGGUGGCCAACGGGGAGGAGACGCCGGCUUUCCGCGCGCAAUUCGGACCGGUAGCGAGCGGCGGCGGCGGUCCGGAGCCAUGGCGGCGGCGGGCGGCGGGGCUCACGGCGGGCCCGGGCCCAACUCGCCUUCGCUCCUCAGCCUGCGGCGGCGAUCACGGCAUCAGGGCCCGGAAGAGGCGGUGACGCUGGAGAAGGUGCUGGGAAUCACCGCCCAGACCAGCAGUGGCUUGGCCUGCCACCCAGCCACGGGGCUGCUCGCCUACCCCGCUGGGUGUGUCGUCGUCAUCCUGAAUCCCUGGGAGAACACGCAGAGACACAUCCUGAACACCUCCAGGAAAACCCUGAGCGCGUUGUCCUUCUUGCCCGACGGGAAGCUCAUCGUCACCGGAAAGAACAGGCACCGACCGGCCAUCUGCGUGUGGGAUGUGGAGGAACGGGCGCAGGUCUCAGCGUUGCACGGUCACAAGCAUGGCGUGGCUUGCGUCGCCUUCUCCCCCAGCGCCAAGUACCUGGUGUCGGUAGGGUACCCCCACGACAUGGUGGUCAACGUUUGGGACUGGAAGAAAGAUUCCCUGGUCGCAUCAAACAAGGUGUCCUGCAAAGUGACGGCUAUGUCCUUCUCCGAGGACAGCUACUUCGUCACCGUGGGGCACCGCCACGUCAAGUUCUGGUUCCUGGACUCGUCGAGGGAGCUGAAGAUCAAUGAGACGGUGCCACUGGUGGGACGCUCGGGGCUGCUGGGAGAGCUUCACAAUGUCUUCUGCACUGUGGCCUGCGGCCGAGGGCAGAUGUCGGGCAGCACCUUCUGUGUCUCCUCCUUGGGGCUGCUCUGCCAGUUCAAUGAGAAACAGGUGCUGGAGAAAUGGAUCGUUCUGAAGGUGCUGCUGGCAAACUGCCUCUGCCUCGGCGAGGAGCUGAUAUUUUGCGGCUGCGCCAACGGCACCAUGAGGAUUUUCCAGGCUCGUGACAUGCGCUACCUGAGUGAUCUCUCCAAACCUCAUCCCCUGGGUGUGGAUGUCACCCAGGCCCCCCCACUGAGGUGGCCAGACCUGGUCUACCCCGACACCAUCGCCUUGGCCUAUGACGCCUGCAACUGCUGGCUGUCCUGCAUCUACAAGGACCACAGUGUCUACAUCUGGGAUGUCGGGGACCUGCGGAACAUCAGGAAGUUGUGGUCGGAACUUUUCCACAGCUCCUUCGUCUGGACCGUCGAGGUGUACCCCAAAUUUGAGGAGCGGAGAUCCUGUCUGCCUCCUGGCUCCUUCCUGACGUGCUCCUUGGACAACACCAUCUACACCUGGACCUUGGAAAGCAGCUCCGUGCACCCCAUCCAGGGCAGCGCCUACAGCACGACCCUGCUGAACGUCAUCUACAUGGACAACAACACGCAGCACCUCCAGGACUCCUCCAGCGUGCCCAACUGAAGGGAGAAUGUGGAUCACCUCGAUGUCAAGUCCAGGGUGCGGGUGAUGCAGGUCAGCUCCAACGGGGAGCAUUUGGCAUUGGGGAACAGAGGAGGAACCCUCAGGAUACACGAGCUGCAGUUCAUGCAGCAGGUGGCUAAAGUGGAAGCUCAUGAUUCGGAAGUUCUCUGCCUGGAGUAUUCAAAGCCGGAGACCGGAGCAGUGCUGCUGGCUUCGGCAAGCCGAGACAGGCUGAUCCACAUCUUGAAUGUAGACAAGAACUACAAGCUGGAGCAAACCCUGGACGAUCACUCCUCUGCAAUAAUGUCGGUCAAAUUUGCUGGCAACAGGGACAUUCAGCUGAUAAGCUGUGGUGCCAAUAAAAGCAUUUAUUUCCGCAAUGCUCAAAAGCUCCCAGAUGGCUUCAAUUUCGUUAGGAUGCAUCACAUCUCCAAGAAAACCACCCUGUACAACAUGGACAUUGAAAUCAUGCAGAAAUAUGUUGCCGUUGCCUGCCAGGACAGAAACGUCAGGGUGUACAGCACGGCCAGCGGGAAGCUGAAGUGCUGCUACAAGGACUCGCAAGGUGACGAUGGCUCCUUGUUGAAGGUACAGCUGGAUCCCUCCAGCACCUUCCUGGCGACGAGCUGCUCUGACAAGAGCAUCACCCUCAUCGACUUCCACUCCGGGGAAUGUGUGGCAAAAAUGUUCGGCCAUUCAGAAAUAGUCACAGGGAUGCGGUUCACCUAUGACUGCAGGCACCUUAUCACUGUCUCAGGAGACAGCUGCGUCUUUAUUUGGCACCUGGGCCUGGAAAUCAUCAGCAGCAUGAAGCAGCACUUGCCUGGAGCUCAAUCUGCCACAGCCAAAGCAGGCAAAGGAGCCAGUCCCCCGGCGCAGCUCAGAUGGGAGACCUACAUCACAAUCCCUGGUGGGACAGCAGCCACUGGUGCCAGAGGAGCUUCCGAUGAAGGGCCUGAGGAGGAGCAAGACAAGGCCUCGUCCCCGCGGACCCCCUCCAAGGAGGACUCGGAGCUGCAUGCAUUGCGGGUCGGGGUCCCUCUGUGGCUGCACCCCGUUUUCUGCCUGUCUUUCCUCUGAGGGCUGUGGCACACAGCGCAGCUCCUAACCCCG